AUGGACAUCGCAUCGCUCGUCGGCUGGUCAGCGUUGACGCUGUUGCUGUUCUUCAUCCUUCGCGACACCGUACGCAACUGCUACUAUUUCAUCUUCAUCAGGAAAUAUGGUCUGACGAAGGAUCUUCGCUCCUUUGGUUCCUGGGCAGUAGUUACCGGGGCGACUGAUGGCAUUGGCAAAGCGUACGCUGUACAGCUGGCUAAAAGAGGCCUGAGCGUCUAUUUGCUCGGAAGAAACGAGAGCAAGCUGCGCGCAGUUACCGCGGAAAUUGUCAAUAACGUGGGAAUGUGUUACACGUACCCAAAGUACUACCAUGAAGUUGAAGACUGUCAGUUCAUCGAAAGCAUGAUUCGUGUGAACUGCGAGGCGAUCACUCAGAUUACCAAGAUUAUUCUACCUCAGAUGAUCAGGAAACGCACUGGAGCGAUCAUCAACAUAUCUUCGGCCCUGUGCAAGUUUCCUGGUCCCUAUCUCUCUUUGUAUGGUGCAACGAAGGCCUUCAUCUCCUCUUUCACAAGUAGUCUCCAAGAAGAGUACCACAGUAGUGGAGUUACUAUUCAGGGCGUACUUCCGUUUUACGUCGUUUCCAAUAUGUGCAGGUCAAGACCGAGUUUCUUCGUUCCUCACGCAAGCGAUUAUGCUAAUUCAGCUCUGGACACAUUGGGCUUGCAGGAUUGGACCUUCGGUUGCUUUUCUCAUGCUACACUGGGUUCGCUUAUCAGUUACGUAAGGAAAGAAGUAUUUGUUCGGUUUUUCACUCCGUACAUGGCGAAGGUGCGCAGGAAACAGGUUAUGAAAUGGACAAACAACAACAACUGGGUUUGUCGAGAGAAACCGAAAUAUGGCUGA